AUUAUUGUCGCUGGCUAGGGCGGCUGCUCUGUGGCCUGAGAAUUAUAUCAUCUCUCUGCACUGAACCAAAAUGCGCAUCGCAUAUACGACACAUAGAGCCAUGCUAGCCAUGAUUGUGUUGUUGUUAGCUUGCCAAUUGCCUGUCAUUUUACCCGGUAUCCGCGCAGGUCUUUGCCCGGAAGCUAUUUGUCGGUCUAAGACGGAGCAGAGUCGGCCUGGACACGGCUACCAGAGUACCACCGAGCAGCACUGUAUCUACCAGGACCGGCCCUUCCAGCAUUAUCACACCCUCCCGAUCGGCCUGAGAGUUAGACUCCCGAAUUGUCAAAGGAAACGAUGACGGUCAGCUCUCCUAAGCGCGUCUUC